UGCCUCUUAAUUCUUCCAAUUGGCUAGUGAGAAUAAUCCUGGACCAAUAGGCACCGCUGACGACAUUGUUGCGUUUUUGCCGCUAAAAAUGAACAUAUAUGUGCAUAGUCUGACGGUGGAAUAAGUUUUAUGCAGCAAAUAUAACAUUAAAACACAGAGAUCCAAACUAACUUCCAGACCAGAGUUAGAGAACCAGCCGUCGAUAUGGGAAUCCAGGGUCUGCUCCAGUUCCUCAAAGAUGCUUCGGAGCCCGUCCAUGUGAAGAAGUACAGAGGGCAGACGGUGGCCGUGGACACCUACUGCUGGCUGCACAAAGGGGCUUUCUCCUGUGCUGAAAAGCUGGCCAAAGGAGAACCAACAGAUCAGUACGUCACAUACUGUAUGAAAUUUGUGGACAUGCUCCUGUCGUUUGGCGUGAGACCAAUUCUGGUUUUCGACGGAUGCAACCUACCGUCAAAGAGAGAGGUGGAGAAGUCUCGUAGAGAGCGCAGACAAGCUAACCUCCAGAAGGGAAAGCAGCUGCUACGUGAGGGGAAGCUCUCCGAAGCAAGGGACUGCUUCACAAAGUCUGUCAAUGUUACGCCCUCCAUGGCCCAUGAUGUCAUCAAGGCUGCCAGGGCUAGGGGGGUGGAUUGUGUGGUGGCUCCCUACGAGGCGGACGCCCAGCUGGCCUUCCUCAGCAAGGUGGGCCUGGCCCAGGCCAUCAUCACAGAGGACUCUGACCUGCUGGCCUUCGGUUGCAAAAAGGUUUUGUUGAAGAUGGACAAGGAGGGCAACGGGCUGGAGAUUGACCAGGCCCACUUGGGUCGCUGUCGCUCCCUGGGGGGCGUGUUCACGGAGGAGAAGUUCCGCUACAUGUGCAUCCUGUCUGGCUGUGACUACCUGGCCUCGCUCUACGGCAUCGGCCUGGGAAAGGCCUGCAAGCUGCUCAAGAUGGCCAACAACCCUGACGUACUCGCGGUGAUCCGGAAGAUGGGCCAGUACCUGAAGAUGAGCGUGGCCGUACCCGAGGAGUACCUGCAGGGCUUCACCAAGGCUGACAACACCUUCCUCUACCAGCUGGUGUUCGACCCGCUCCAACGCAAGGUGGUGCCACUCAACCCCUACCCAGAGCACCUGGACCCCAGCACCCUCAGCUACGCUGGCCUGAACAAAGGGGACGAGAAAGGGUACCAGAUGGCACUGGGGAACCUGGACAUCCACACCAUGGAGAAGAUUGACAACUUCAACCCGGACAAAGUCACUCUGCCGACGGUGAAACCUCGGAGCCGUUGCUGGAAGGACACAGUCGCUCCGCCCCGGCGUGGCGGCGCUUCUGCUAGCAUCUGGAGCCGGGGAUACUCCGCUGGAUGCACCGCCAACAACGCCAGCCUUGUGAAGAAGGAGGAGGAGGAGGAGGAGGAGGAGCGACCCACACCCCCUUCCACCAGGGGGCAGGAGAGGGUGGUGGGGCUACAGGGGCUGCGUCUGCCCAGCAAGCAGCCGGGGGUGAAGAGACCCAGAGAGGACUCCAGCCUGUCCGACCAGGACGUGCUGCAGCUAUACACGGGCUCCUCUGGUCUGAAGAGGGCCCGUUCUGAGGAGCAGGACCAGGAGGAAAAGCCCUCCCUUCCCAGGCCACCAGGGGGCAGUAGCAGCGGGGCGCCCCGGCCUCGCAACCGCUUCGCCACCCUGUUGCAGAGGAGGAACCAGGGAGAGGAGGCGGACGGCCAGGCCACGCGCAGCAGGUUCUUCAGCGCAUCCUGCGAGGCCCCUGCUUUGAGCACCAGAGACGGUGUGAACGAUGAUGCAGCGUCUCCCUCGGGCGCACGGCAAGAGAACGCCCUUAGCCGCGCCGAAGAUGAUGGGGAAAGUGACAGCCCCGAAGCACCCUCCAUAGAGACCCCCAGCCCUACCUCCUCCCCCAGCCCCACUGCUACCUCCUCCACCCCUACCGCGACCUCCAGCUCCCCUAUCACCGCCACCUCUCCGCGACCUGCCAGCCAGCGCCUCGGGGUGUUCCGCUGGUCGGGCCUCUCCCAGCACCCCCCCACCAGCACCGCCGCCGCCGCCCACUCCACCUCCUCCUCAAUCAAACCAUCAGCCGCCCCCGCCCCCGGCCCCGGCCCCGUGGUGUCGGGCAUCGCUGCGCUCCAGCGGUACCAGCGCCAAACGGAGAGUGUCUCCUGGGGCUCGAGACCCCCGGCAGCCGAGUCCCCCGCCCCCCAGGGGGUCGACCUGGUGGACGACUCCCCGCCGGCCUCCCCGCCCUCCCAGGACAGCGCCUACUGCUCCCAGUCGCCGCCCUGUGACCUCACUUCCUGUGAGGCGGAGGGAGUGGCUGACGCGACCGGUUCGGCGGCCUCCUGCCUCUUGUCGCCAUGCCACAAAGAUGACGUUGAAGCGGGCUUAAAGGGUUCAGACCGAGGACCCCCACGCGUUCCACAGGACCCCAAGAGACCCCUGGUGGUUCGAUCACUGGUUGCCGGGUUGGCUCGCUCCAGGCCCAGUAACCAGGGGGCGGAGCCUCCAGCUAAGCUCCGCCCAGUGGCCCCAGCCCGGGCAAGCGGCCUGAGGAGGAGGCCUUCAGGCUCCCAGGGGCCCCUCGGCAAGAAGCCCUUGACCAACAACGAGAACAACUGCCCCGGGACGCAGGCCACCAUUAGCAGCCUCUGGAAGAACUUUGGUUUUAAAAGAGAGCACCAGAAGCUGAGCCCCAGCCCCAGAGGACCCCCCAUGUCCCCCGCGAAGGACAACCUCCCUGGCGCCGCCGGGCUCUAGGCGGAAAACCAGCGCUCCGUGACGAGCAGCCCUUCAGAUUUUUUAUCUACCCGCACCGCGGUGCGGAGCAUCUGCCGAUGUGCGUGUAGAUUAUCCACAUACCGUGUAUGUACAUGGAGCUCAGGCGGCGCACUGCUGCUGAAUGCUAUGCUUUUUUUUUUUUUUUUAAUAAAAGCUAACUGUUUAGAAAAAGGUGUUGUUUUUUUAAUGCCUUCUGGGUCUUGGAGGAGGCGUUAGGCUUUAGGCAGCAUUGCAGCGGCACAAUUCAAAGCAAAGAGGUAGCGAGGGUUUCACAACCAAAAUUCAUCUUUCCCAUAUGUCACUCAACGCGCAAGCCGAAGAAUGCGUCCUAUUCAUUAUCAAGACAAAUUCUUUUCAGCUAGUUUGAACUGUUUUGUCUUGCACAGGACAUUUGCCAGGGUCGUUUCGUUAAGUCUGAGGUGGGAAGAAAUCAGAAAUGAGCACCUUGUAACAAAUCUUGGUUAAUCCUUAAUCCAUUAUCGUGCAGGGAUGCCAAACCUCUUUCGGGUUACUUGACCUA